CGUUGUCUCUCCCAGUUGAGUUGAUUGCCAUGUUCUAGUCAGUGAAACCCUAACUCCAGAAUCCAAUUCCAACCUUAGAGAAAUGUCGAUUUAAAAAUUGUUUCUUCUUCCCCAAAUCAACCGACAAGACAUGAAUUCUCUAAGAUCUCUGAGCCACGUUAGCAUCAGAGAAGCUUUAUCUCAUCAAGCUCCCACAAAGCUAUCAUCUUUAUCCCCUCUCUACUCUUAUAACCAGAGGAGAUGGCUAAAACCCGUGGAUUCAGCGCAAACCAGGUUAGAGAACCGAACAAGAGACAGCCGAUUAGACAAGCUCAUCGUCCACAUCAGGAAGCUAAACAUCAUCCUCGAGAUAACCAAACUCAUGGGUAACAAAAAGCGCGGUCCUUUCGUCUCUUUGCAGCUUAUGUCUCGAUGGAAGAACAUCGUCGGUUUGAAUGUAAGCAUUGGAGCUUUUGUGGGUAAGUAUCCUCACGCCUUUGAGAUCUUUACGCAUCCUUGUCGGAGGAAUUUGUGUUGUCGGGUUAGUGAGAAACUGAGGGAUUUGAUUGAGGAAGAAGAGAGUGUUGUGAGAGAGUGUGAGGUUGAUGCUGUGAAGAGGGUGAAGAAGCUGUUGUUGAUGUCUAGGAGAGGUGUUCUGAGUGUUCAUGCUUUAAGGUUGAUGAGGAAAGAACUAGGAUUGCCUGAGGAUUAUCGAGAUUCGGUUUUGGCUAAGUAUAGUUCAGAGUUCAGGUUAGUUGAUUUGGAGACUCUGGAGCUAGUUGAUGGUAAUGAUAGAGAUGAUGAUGAGAGUUUGUGUGUGGGUAAAGUUGAGGAGUGGAGAGAAGUUGAGUACAGAGAGAAAUGGUUGAGUGAGUUUGAGACGAACUACGCGUUUCCUAUUAAUCUUCCUACAGGGUUCAAGAUUGAGAAAGGGUUCAGAGAAGAGGUAAGGAACUGGCAGAGGGUGCCUUAUGUGAAGCCUUACGAGAGAAAGGAGAUUUCAAGAAGUGUAGAGAGGUUCGAGAAGCGAGUUGUUGCAGUUAUCCACGAGCUUUUGAGCUUGACUGUGGAGAAGAGGGUUGAGGUUGAGAGGCUAGCUCAUUUUCGUAAGGAUCUUGGGAUCGAAGUGAACUUGAGGGAAGUGAUAUUGAAGCAUCCUGGGAUUUUCUAUGUAUCGACGAAAGGAAGUACGCAGACUUUGUUUCUUAGAGAGGCUUAUAGUAAAGGCUGUUUGGUUGAGCCGAAUCCUAUUUACAAUGUGCGAAGGAAAAUGCUGGAUCUUGUGUUGUUGAGAAACCGUCACUCUAGAGAACUGUUGCAAACUCAUGAGGAGGAGAGAGAUGUUGAGAUAAGGUAUGAUGAAGAUUGGGAAGGAGAGAGAGAUGGAGAUUGGGUCUUGCCAAUUCUGGAGAAAUGAUUCAAAGGAAAGCUGGAUCUUUUGUCAAGAACAAGAUUGCAGAAGCAGUGGAGAUUGUGUAAAAGUCCCAUCAUGUAUCAAGUGAAGUCAGAUUGAAGUUGUUGUAAGUUUAAGGUUUUGUGAAUUGCCGUUCAAAGAGGUAAGAAAUGUUAGUUAAAACUUUGGUUACGACCGACAUCCUAAGUAGUGGCAGAGGAAUGUAAUUAGAAAGUAGAAGAUUACUUGUGGAGGUUAAGCUUGGUUUUUAGUGUUUUCUGCAAAAAAAAAGAGUUGUGAUCUGUUUACUACUCUAGUCCUCUCAAUGAUCUUUCCUGUCUUAUUAUGUCUAUGCACACAUUAGUUUUGUGACCAUAAGUCUGAUGUGGAUGUAACUGUUUGAUGGGUUUUGAUCUAAAAAAUAUUUUUAAAAAGAUUUA